AUGACUGAGAAUCUACAUUGUGGAGUGCCUAUUUUGAUGAAACACUAUAGCUUUAUAGGGUUUUAUGAACACAGGAAGAGACAACCGGACUUUACUUUCUCUUUUCGAAAGGAGUCGCACAAAAUUAAAAAAGAUCUCGCUAGCCUAAUAAAGGAUGGUUCAGCUGAAAUAAAGAAUGUUGCUAGACAGGAGGCUGAACAAGAUUUUAGUGACCAUUCUGCGCGCUGGCCACCUACUAUCUUGUCCUAUUUGUACUGCACGUUGAGGUUGAAUGACCUCUCUUGCGGGAGGGAACCCGCACAACUAAGGGUGAUAUUCUGCGUGCUAACACCUUAUGGUCUGCGUGCCCGUUGUGGGCAUCGCAAAUAUUUCAUAGACGUUGACAUGCUCUGGAAUCAAAUCGAGAGACGCCAUGCUGAGGCUGAGGCCUCUAGCUCAGUUAUACAAGAUAUUACUGAAGUCUUCAAAAAUUCCAUUGCAAGUGUCAAUUCCUCCAUCAAGAACGUUAAUGACACAAUGACUUUGACUGAUCCCGUUGUAAGUUGGACUUUAUCAACCGGAAAAAACGUUGAUGAGAUAUUAUCUGCAUAUCGGGAGAAAAUUCCUCGUACAAAGGCAUAUCUAUACCCGGCCUAUUUCGGUAUUUUAGACCUUUCUGGAGAAGAUGUUGAAGUAAAGGAUUUGUUCACGGACGAUGAAUGGAAUGAAAUGAUCGAGGAUUUCGUGAAUAACGUUAAUUUAAGCGAUUUGGACGUCAGACAGGAGGGGCCUAUCUAUGAAAUAAUGGACAAGAUAACAGAGAAAUUGAAGAAGGAACCAUCCGAUUUAAUAUCUGAAAUUGAAAGUUGUGUAAUUGAAGUACGUAUUUCACUUGUAUUGAUUUCUUAUAAAGUACAGGCUCUAAUGACCAUCAUUUGUAGGAUAAUACGAAAGUAA